AUGGGUGAUACGCAAAGUCGGCGGCAGGCGUACCAGGUCGAGCGCGAGGAGCAAAGGGCGAGUAGGAGUAGGACCCCGGAGCUACAGUUAUUGGCCUCACCGCUAGUGUCAGCCGCGGGAUCCAUGGGACCGACGGUGUCCCCCGUGGUAUCGCCGGGGUACACCGAGGCGGAAAGUGACCUAGAAUUGGUGAGCUGGGAGCCGGCGCCACGGAGAAAACGCGCACGCGAGGCGAAGCGCGAGGAGCCCCGGACCAGCAGACGUGAGGAGCCCCACACCAAGCGCGAGGAGCCCCGGACCAGCAGACGCGGGGAGCCCCGCACCAGCAAGCGCAAGGAGCCCCGGACCAGCAGGCGCGAGGAGCCCCGGACCAGCAAGCACGAAGAGCCCCGCACCGGCAAGCGUGAGAAGCCCCACCCCAGCAAGCGCGAGGAGCGGCCUGAGGGUGGAAGGAGGGGGCGCACGGAGACGCGGAAGGAGGAGCCCAGUGAGCGGGCCUCGAAGCGGGCGUCCCCGCGUUCGACGCGUACGGCCAAGGAAGAGGAGUCGUCGGCACGCACAAGGGGGAGGUCGACGGCGCGGCGAGGGGAUCAGCGGCCGACAGACCCACAGGUCGAGGAGCCGCAGCCAACGCCGACCGAAACCGCGGUCAAAGAGCCGCAGACAACGCCGACCGAAACCGCGGUCAAAGAGCCGCGGGCAACGCAGGCCGACAUCGCGGAAAACAACGCGGCCGCUGAGGCACGACGCCUCGCGGAAUGGCACCGGCGGUUCGCGCUGGCCGCGGCGGCGGAGGAGCGGAGGCAACGGCGUGUAUGGGAGGACGCCUUGUCGCUGGCAAAGAGGCUGAAGACCACGCAGGAGGCUGAAAAGGCGGCGCAAGAAGCGGAGGCGGAGCGCCACAAACGGGACGUCGCGCACCAAUGGCGGUACGGGCUGGCGGUGAUCUCCAGCGAUGAGGAGGAGACGGAGUGCCCACCAGCGCCGAAGGCGGCUCGAGUCCAGUCGCCCGAAAAGGAGUGGCAGGAGAGGCUACGACGAGCCGAGGUGGAGGAGGAAGAGCUCUGGCAGCCACCCCCUGAACACGUCGAGUCCGAGGAGGAGCCACGGCCGCAGGCCCCACCGUCACCGGGGCAGAGGAAGAGCUGUUCCAGCGUCGGCCGCCGGCUGACAACGCGCGUGGUCAAGGGGGUCAGCAGCAGCAGCAUCAGCAGCAGCAGCAGCACUGGCACGGGCCACAGGGAGCCGCCAUACGCGGUACGAGACGGCAUGAUGUGGCACGUGCAAACGCUGCACAUAUCGUGGGCCUCUGGGCCCGCGCCCCAGCAGCCCGGGCAAGAGGCGAGGGAGGCUCGACUGUGGGAGGAGGCACCAUGCGCCAGUGACGAGCGGGACCCGAGGCGGCGGGCACGGCCACAGGAGUCGACAGGCCCAGCGGUGGCACCCACAGCCGAAGAGGUGCCCGAGGAGGCGCCCGGGGGGACGGCAGAGGUCGAGACGGAGGGUACGACGAACACGCCAACAUCACUGACGGCGGAGGGCCCAGCGGCGGCACCCGAAGUCGAGGUGGCGACCGACGGCGAAGCGGAUGACGGCGCGAGAGCAACGGCGGAAGCGAAGAAGGACGAGGCUGCGGAACAACACUCACCUGAGCCAUGA